AUGCUUACUACAGUGCCCAGAGGGAAUGAAGAAAACAGGUACUUUGUGUUGGAUUUUGAGACUGGGAUUCUGCAGUAUUUUGUGAAUGAACAAAGUAAAAAUCAGAAGCCACGAGGAGCCCUGUCUUUAGCUGGAGCUAUUAUCUCUCUCAGUGAUGAAGUGCCGCACAUGUUGGUAGUAUACUUUGCUAAUGGAGAGAUGUAUAAACUGAGAGCUGCGGAUGCAAAGGAAAAACAAUACUGGGUGACUCAGCUCCGAUCCUGUGCCAAAUACCACACGGAAGGUAAUUCUAAGAGCACUCCCUCUUCACGAAACAGAAGCUUGUCUCUGCUUCCUCUUGGGAUGAAUAAUUCUGCAUCUCCUGGUAGUCAAAAACAUCAGAGUCAAAGUGGACCAACUGUUGUUACCGUUACACAUCACAAAUCGCCUGCAGCAGCCCGGAGAGCCAAGAGUCAGUAUUCUGGUCAACUUCAUGAAGUCAGAGAGAUCAUGAGCCAAGUGGAGGGACAACAGAAAAAUCUCGUGCAAGCCAUUGAAUCCCUUCCAGGCUCUGGGCCUCUUUCUGCCUUGGAUCAGGACUUGCUGCUUUUAAAAGCUACCUCUGCUGCCACCCUGAGCUGCCUUGGAGAAUGCCUGAAUUUAUUACAGCAGAGUAUGCAUCAGGCGGGCCAACACAAUAAUAGGACACUAUCUUCAGAAAACAUCCUGGGAUGGCAUGGGCCAAAGUCACAUUCCGCAGAACUGAAAAACGGUGCCCUCAGCUCUUUAUCAUCUGCUAGUGCCAAUAUAACAUGGGCGAUAGUACCAAGUGCAUCUGAAGAUGGGCAAACACUACAGCCAAAUACUGAGCAUUCGACUCCUGAGUUGAUCUUGAUUGAAGAUGAGAUGACAGAUACCGAAGAUAAUGAAGAGGAGGAUUUAGGAGUCAUGGAAGAUCAGCGUAGCAUAAUUCUUCAUCUCAUCUCACAGCUCAAACUUGGCAUGGAUCUAACCAGGGUUGUGCUUCCAACAUUUAUUUUGGAGAAGAGAUCCCUGUUGGAGAUGUAUGCAAAUUUCAUGGCCCAUCCAGACCUGUUUUUGUCAAUUGCAGCUGGAGCCACUCCGGAGGAAAGAAUUAUUUGCUUUGUGGAGUAUUAUCUAACUGCCUUUCAUGAAGGCCGAAAGGGAGCAGUUGCCAAGAAACCCUAUAACCCAAUAAUUGGUGAAUCAUUUCAUUGCUCAUGGGAUGUGCCUAACGACAAAGUGAAAUCAUUCAGAACUAACAGUGCCUCUGUCAUUUCUAAGGACCAAACCAAGGAAUUAGGCCAGGACCAAUCAGUGUGCUACAAACUGAGGUUUGUAGCUGAACAAGUAUCCCAUCACCCACCAGUAUCUUGCUUUUACUGUGAAUGCAAGGAAAAGGGAAUGUGUGUGAACACCCAUGUAUGGACCAAAAGCAAGUUCUUGGGAAUGUCAAUAGGUGUUUCUAUGGUAGGUGAAGGUGUUCUUUACUUAAUGGAACAUGAGGAAGAGUACGUGUUCACGCUGCCGAGUGCCUAUGCACGCUCAAUACUUACCAUUCCAUGGGUGGAGCUUGGAGGUAAAGUCAGUAUUAACUGUGCCAAGACUGGCUAUUCUGCUACUGUCACAUUCCACACCAAGCCUUUCUAUGGAGGAAAAGUUCACAGGGUUACAGCAGAAGUGAAACACAAUCCCACCAAUACCAUCGUGUGUAAGGCACAAGGAGAGUGGAAUGGCACACUGGAAUUUACAUAUAGCAAUGGAGAAACCAAAGUGAUUGACACCACCAAACUGCCUGUUAUGCGAAAAAAGAUCAGACCAAUAGCAAAACAAGGUCCAUUUGAAUCAAGGCAUCUUUGGCAACAUGUCACCAACUCCUUGAAAGAAGGCAACAUCGAUGCAGCAACAGAGCACAAGCACCGCCUUGAGGAGAGGCAGCGAGCAGAGGAGCGGCAACGUGUGGCUAUUAAUACCCCAUGGCAACCAAAAUAUUUUACCAAGGAGGGUGAUGGUUGGAUAUACAUCAAUCCCCUCUGGAAAUCCAAUUGACAAGAGAGUGCACUGGUGUCUCGUAACAAAACCCAUCUUAGAGGCAUUAAAAUGAUGCAGUAUAUAACCUUCAGGUGUCAUUGAAUAAGUUCUGUUAUGAUGAGAUACAAAUAAGAAGCUAUAUACUGUGAAUGAAACAGCUACAAGCUCAAGUUUAUUCAACAGCCAUUUUUUGUGUGUACAUACAUACACACGUACUAUGUAUCGAUAAAUGUGUAUAUAUAUAUAUAUAUAUGUAAACAUGUUAUACACAUACUAUCAGUGAUUAGGGACCUGAUCCUUUAAACAUUUUGUGCACAAAACUUCUACUGAAGGAAUGAGAGUUCUGUGUAUGGGAUCAGGCCCUAUGUUGGUAAUUAAGAAUACUUUUUUAUUAGUACAGUUUGAGGUUUUGUAUUUUUCACUUUGCCAAAAACAUUUUGCACUUAUAAAAUGUGACUUGUCACUGGCAGUGAUUCAUAGUUUAAAUGGUGGUAAAAUGGUUCACUUUGUGACCUAAGCAAGAUACAUUGAUAACAUUCUUUGGGAUAUUGGUUUAAGAGCAUGUUUUGUGUCUUUGUGACUCAUUUAUAAGCAUGGAUUUCUUGCCAUCUUCUAAAAAGUAGCAAUACCUUUGCAAGAACCUUGUCUGUACUAAUCCAUUGUUCUCCUUUUUUUGUUUGUAUUCCAAAGAGCUGCAUAAUUUUUUGUGAGGCCAUUUGUCACUCUCUAUGCCAUGGGAAAGUGGAUCUCUCUGCGAAACACCUGGCGCUGGUUUUGCUAGGGAAUGCAGAUGUCCUUGGGUGAACUAGCUUUACAACCCAUCAGUCUUGUGUUAUAGCUUUGAGCAUUCCUGUAUUUUUGGUGGUUUUUUUUAAGGCCCAACUUAUUGCUAGUUGACAUUUUUCUUAUAACAGCUCAGAAAAUGCUCUAUUUUACAUCAGCUAUUAUUUAGUAACUUACUACUUGAUGGUGGAAUAAGGACUUUAGUAAUUAAAAAAAAAUACUGGCGGCAGUAAUUCAUUUUGUAAUGUAAAAAUCUAUAGCUUGAUUUUUACUUUAUAAGUAAAUCACCCAUGAGAUGAAGAAGGUGAAUAUCUAAAAACAUACAUAUUACUGCUUAGCUGCAUUUCAGUUAAAGUGAGAGGUGUCAAUUUUCAAGAGAAAUAUAGUAUCUGACAAAUAUGUAAAAGAUAGUAAACUGACUUCUGCUCAGUGCUUAACUUACUUUUACAGUGACUCUUAUAUACGCCAUUAUAUUUCCAAUAUAUUGUAGCAUGAAUGCCUAACUUUCUCUAGUACUGGCUAAUUUUGUGCCUUUUGUCUGCUUUCUUAAUACACCUGCUCAUGCUUUGUAGAUACUUGGCAAAUAUAUUUAGGUUGAAGAAUUGCUCAUUUGUUCAUGUGUGUCUACAUUUUAUUUUAGUUAUUUUGGUAGAUAUUGAGGUUACUUGGAUAAAUCAGAAAAUUAUACUCAGGUGUAUAUGUAAUUGAAUGCACCAUUAAUUAACUUGGAAUUGGUCUUUAAUAGAUCUUUCAAUUUAAUGAGCUUCAGAUCUCUCUUAAAUAGUGUGUAGCCACCUUCCUCUCUUAAAGCCACACUAUCUGUCUUGUACUGUAUAUACUUUUCUCUGCACAUAAAAAUCUAGGUUUUUUUUAAAUGUUUUGAAACCUAUUUUAAAGAAAUAUAGAUUGUACAGGAUCAGUUUUAAUGUACAGAAAUAUUGUUUGUAAGGAAAGCUUUAUUUUUAGGUAGACACUUUUCUGUAAUUAUGCCCGAAUGAUGCCCUAUGAUAAGAGAUGAACUUACAGGUAACUUCAGGAGAAUUCAUACACUUUGUGGUCUGCAGGAACUCAUUUAUAUUGCUUGGAUUCACUCCUAUUUUAAAGAGGCUAGUCUGGUAAGUAACUGGAAACAUUAAUUAAAAUGUGAUUACAUUAUGAAGCAGGCUAAAAUGCAGAUUUAAACAUAAUUGGAGUAUACCCUUUCAAAACUGUAGCUUUAAUUCUCACACACCAAAGAACUUGGCCAUGCACUGAUUACAAAGAGCAAUUGGAGACCUCAAACAAUUGUCAGGGGAGGACUUGGACCUAUCCUCAGCUUUCACAGUAAGAGUGUAGCUCUUACAUUAAGGUGAAGUUUAAAUAAUGUUGGACUUCUAAUUUAUUAGGGGUGUCUUUUCUCCAUAUUUAUUUGUUACCGCAUGGUGAAAUCAUUCUAUUUGUGUGCCGAUAAAACUUCUGAAUUUUUUUAAUGCUGCAAAGAACUCCUAACGCCAAUACCACUGUCUGUUUUCCAAAAUAAAUCCUGUGAAGCAAGCACAGGACUCGUUUGAAAUAUGAGUCAAAAACAGAUUUCAAAAAUAAACUCAAGAAGUGUCUUCACUUUACUUUAUUUUUUCUGAUUAAUUAAUAUACUAUGUAUUAUAUGAUGAUAGGACAGUAUUUUGAAUAUUAAGCAGUAACAAGCCUUAUUCUAUAGGUUAUUCCAAUGUCUGUCUUGCACCUGCAAGUGAAUAUUUUUUGAGUAGCUGGUGUAUACUUUGAAAUGUAAUGUGACUCUUGAUGCAUUUCCGAUCUUUUUUUUGUGUGCACACACGUAGAACCUAUGCAAUCUUUUCUUCCUUAUAGUAGAACUGUUCACCAAAAAAAAAGUUUAUCAUUACGAUUUUAAAUACACUGGCAGUCACUUCUGAUUAGCCUUCCUUUCACAAUUUAUGUGAAUUAAAAUUACAUAAACUUGACAUCACUGUCAAUAAAUGAUUAUUUCAGUUU